AUGGGAUGUCAGAGCUCAUAUGAACCUUUGGUUAUCAAGUGUUCCUCUUCUUCUGAUAUGGGUCACACCUCCGACCCCAUGAAUAUCAGGCAACCUCAACUAUCAUCUAUGGCUCCUUUUGGCAUUUCAAUGAAUGAAAAUGGCUCAUCCAAACCAUCAUAUAAGUGGCGUCGUGUGUUGCUUAAAGUAAGUGGAGAAGCACUUGCAGGAGAUCAAAACCAAAAUAUCGACCCAAAGGUUACAAUGGCCAUUGCAAGGGAGGUUGCAACUGUGACUCGGCUUGGCAUUGAGGUUGCAAUCGUAGUUGGUGGAGGAAAUAUUUUCCGUGGAUCCUCUUGGGCCGGAAGCAGCGGCCUUGACCGUUCGUCAGCUGAUUACAUUGGGUAUUUUUCUUUCUAAUUUGUAUUCAAUGCUUUUCCUUUCUUAGAAAUCCUGUGUAAGAACUGACAUGGUGGUUUUAAGAUUGUGAAGGCACUUAACCAUUAUGCAUAUCUUGUAAGCCAGUUCAUGCAAAUUUGAACAUUUUCUUUCUUUUGCCUUUGAAAUAAAAUGUGAACAUUAAGCUGACAGAGAUCAUGUUUCGUCAAUUUGUUGAUACAUGAUUG